AUGGCUCCCUCUCGGGCGACGCUCAUCAAGAGACUCUCGGCGACGCCGACCCUGGCUGCCCAAAAUGAUGUCCAGCAACGUUCCAUCACCCCUGCAGACUCCCAAGCGGCACUGCAGGCGAGCAAGGCCACCUUCUUCUUCCAACUCGAACGUGAACUCGACAAAGUGAAUGCCUUUUAUCUUCAAAAGGAAGCCGAGCUCAAAAUUCGCCUAAAGACUCUUCUCGACAAGAAAAAGGUGCUGCAGACGCGCCAGGACAUCUCGAGGCGCUCCUCCAAGUUCACCACGCUGGAGGAAGGCUUCCAGCAGUUCGCCACCGAUCUCUGCAAGCUCCAGCAGUUUGUCGAGAUCAACGGCACCGCCUUCUCCAAAAUCUUGAAAAAGUGGGAUAAAACGUCAAAGUCCAAGACCAAGGAGCUCUACCUCUCGAGGGCCGUCGAGGUCCAGCCGUUCUUCAACGCCACCGUCAUUAGCGAGCUCUCGGAUCAGGCCACCACGAGCUUGCAGGAACUCGGCGCCUGGUCGGAUGGAAUCCAGGUCAACUUCCAGUCGGGUCACGUCGUGACGAGCCAACAUUUCAUGGGAACCGACGAGGGCGAUGCGGAUACCCUGCUGCUCGACACCGUCAUUGCCGGAAACGCCGAGUCUCUGCGGGACCUGCUCGCCAAGAUGCAGUCGGCGAGCGACCUGAGCGAUGGCGACAAUUCUCUCACGGACCGCAUCACCCGAACCUUUCUGACCGCCAUUCACGAUGCUCCUCAGGCGUCGUUGCAAGUCCUUCUCGACACGGGCCUCGUCGAUCUUCAUUCCUACGACGACAUCAACGAGCGCAACUGCUUGCACCAGGCGACCAUAUACGGCAAGCACUACGUCUUGGAUUGGGCGCUCGGCGCCGGUGUCGCCGUCGACCGCACCGACGUCUACGGAAGAGUUCCCCUGCACUAUGCCAGCUUGCAUGGCCGGCUGAGGAUGCUCGAGGUGCUGCUGGAUGCAUGUCCCGACACCAUCAACCUCAUCGACCACGACAACUUCACUCCUCUCAUACACUCCAUCAUUCAUGGCCACCUCGACUGCAUAGAGCAUCUUCUCGCCAGGUCGGCACGCAUCGACCCGGCCUCGGAUUCGGAUCAUGUCCCGCUCAAUCUUGCCUGCGAACACGGCUCCGAGCCCGUCGUCGAGCUUCUGCUGAGGCACGGUGCCAAGAUCGUGGCGGAUGCCGAAGGCCUCUACCCGCAGCACUUGGUGGCCCGAUCCGGGAAGACGUCGCAGCUGCUGCUGCUGCUGAAGCAGUACGGGGCCGAUCUCGAUCAGAUCGACAAGCUCUACGGCUGGACUCCUCUCGUCCACGCCGCCAGCGAAGGCAAUGUCGACUGUCUUCAGGCCUUGCUCAAGGUCGGCGUCGAUGCCAACAUUGUGGACGAGAAAAAUCUGCCGGCCAUGUACUACGCCGCAUGGGAAGGCCAUCUCGAAUGCAUGAAGCUCCUCACGCCCUUCAACCCGAAGAGCAGGAUGAGCCCGCUCGUGGCACAGACGCUUGCGCCCUUGGACGCCAGCACGGCCCCGGGCCCCAUGUCCCUUGACGCCGAUGCCAUCCCCAUUCUCGAGCUACCACCUCCCAUCAUCCCCCUUCGCCGAUAUGGUCACAACUUCCUUGAUACCAAGACUGUGGUGCAAAUCAACUUUGAGGACACCAAGGAGCAGCCGCUGAUAUUCUUUCAAGAUGGAAAGUAUCCCGCCGCUCGCCUCACCAUUUCCUCCAAGGUCUCUGAUCUCAUCCCCAAAAAUAUCAUCCUACCCUUCCAGGAGGACACGCGCAUCGUUUCCUUCCAAGUCGACAACCUCGACACCUUCUCCCUCGAUCUAGACGUCUUUCCCACCUAUGGCGCCAAGGUCAUCGCGAAGACGGUCGUGCUGCCCAGCGUCUUCAAGGCGCAAGAGGGCAGCUCCAGCUGCAGCCUCCCCCUGUUCGACCCCCGGCUGCGCGCCAUUGGUCAGAUCAGCUUCCGCACGCAGGUCAUCAAACCUUUCAAGGGUCAACCGCUGGAGAUUACCGACUUUGAAACGUACUGGAAAGCGACGAGCCAGUUCAAUCAGCCCACAAGCGCCGUCGUCACAGGGUCGAGUCUCUCCGGCGACUACGUGAGGCUUUCUGUCCAAAAUACGAGCGACGGCGUUCCCAUCGUGUGGCCCCAGUGGACGAUAGGCUGUUGUGGGCUCGAGGUUCCCGUUUGCCGGAUGUCGCUCGAGCAGUUUUCGGCCGUCACGGCCCGAAGCACGAGCCGCGCCCAGCUGUCGUCUCUGUCGUCGAAGACGGCCGAGAACAUUGCCGAAGUCUACCACGUGCUGGGAACGGCCGGCGUCACGCUCAGGGAAGCCCUCUCUGUCCUCCCGCCCGGCGUGAAUGUUAACCUUCAGGUCAUGUACCCGUCGCCGGAGGAGGAGGCCGCUUUGGCGCUCGGCCCGACACCCGACGUCAACGUCUUCGCCGACGCCAUUCUGUCGGUCGCCUUUGACCAUGCACGUGCCCAGAGGACUCAAUUCCAGUCUCCUGAAGUUGCCCGCUCCAUGGUCUUCAGCAGCUACAAUCCUCAGCUGUGCACCGCCCUGAACUGGAAGCAGCCCAAUUUCCCCGUCUUCCUCUGCAACGAGCUAGGCAGAGAAGAGGGGCUCUCCGGUGCCGGUAAGCUGCAAACCGGCGGAAGGAAGGGCACGUCGAUCAAGGAGGUGGUGCGAAUCGCGCAGAGCAACAAUUUCAUGGGGCUGAUAUGUUAUUCUCGCCUAUUGGAGAUGGUGCCCGCGCUGGUAGACGCGAUCAAGUCGCACGGGCUGGCGCUCGUCAUGGACAAGUCGACGGAUUCUCCCGACUCCAACCCCUUGUCAAACCCAUUCCCGCGACCACCAAAGGGCGUGGAUGGCGUCUUGAAGAAGCACGGCAUACUUCGCUUUAACGACUCGAUAGACAUGUAG